GAGACGCUUUUUCUGCGAUCAAACAAGUCCUGAUUCUCUAAAUUGUAGGUUGUAGAAAUUAUUUAACGUAGUAGAUCUCUAAACAUGGUGACGUGUAGUGAGAGAUACCAGGAGCAUCAUAUGGCGGCAGCCGAGAACCCUUCCAGCCCCAGGAAAAGGAAGGUGCAGGAAGCUUUUCCAGAGGAUGCCACCCCGUAUGACAGAGGAGUGAGCAGCGAUAGCAUUAGAGCAAAGCACACCAAGUACCUGAGACAUAGGAAGCAGAGACUGGAAAUGAUGAGCUGCGAUUCUGGAGUGUGCGAUUUGUUUGAAACACCCAGCCCCAGUCCCUCAUCAGAGGUGCGCAGACCUCUGAAAAACCCCUUGGACACCUGCCCUAAGAUUUCCGACAGGUUAGACCUGCAAUCGUUUAGGGACUAUGGAGAGGCCUGUUACUGUUUUAAGAAAAGUAUUGAAGGGAAGUUCCUGGCUGCCAACAGUUUGGCAAAUCAACCACAGCUGAAAGCAGAGUCCAGAUGUAAACUCAUCAGCUGGCUGAUUCCAGUACACAGACAUUUCAAUCUGGGCUUUGAGUCUUUGUGUCUAGCUGUCAAUAUCCUUGACAGGUUCCUUUCCUGUACUCCAGUGGCAUCUGAUUGUUUCCAGUUAGUGGGUGUCACUUCCCUGCUCAUCGCAUGUAAACAGGUGGAAACAAGACCUCCCAGAGUGAAGCAACUUCUUGCUCUGUGUUGUGAUACAUUCACUCGAGAGCAGCUGUGUAAUCUGGAGUGCAUCAUCUUGCUUAAGCUGCGGUUCCAUCUUGGAGCACCAACGAUCAACUUCUUUCUGCAACACUUCUCCAUGCUUAAGGUAUCCAAUGGGGAGCCGUCUGAAGUGGAGCUGUCCAAGACUUCCAAGUCCAUGAUGGUGGCCAAAGGUGUGGCAGAGCUGAGCCUAGCAGAUUACGCCUUUAACUCCUAUUCUCCGUCCUUGAUGGCCGUUUGUUGUCUUGCACUUGCAGACCGGGUUCUAGGCCACGAGAGCCACCUCUAUGUACAAGCCAGCGGUUAUCCUGAUAGUAUACGUCAGGAGUGCAUGGAAAAGCUUGACUUACUUGUUUCACUAAACCAAGACUCUUUGCACCUUCUCCUGCCAAGUGAGCUCCCAGACAAGAUAAUGGAAAUGGAUAAUUAA